CAAUGUCAUAUUGUCUGUCAAAGAGCAUAAAAAGUUUACACGCGCAAUUUAUUUAUUUGUUAAAGUAUUUUUAAUAACCUACAUAAUGGCUAAAAAGAAACUCCUGCCAAACCUCUCUAAAGAGGAGAAAAUGGUGAUAGUGAUUUCCGAGAUUAUACAGGAAUUAUUAGUGGCUCACCGUCAGGGUAAAGAUGUUAACCUCAAUAAGAUGAAAACACGGAUAUCGUCAAAGUACGGGUUAGGAACAUCUCCCAGGCUUGUAGAUAUCAUCGCAGCCGUGCCUGCUGAUGCUAAAAAGAUUCUACUACCAAAGUUAAAAGCGAAGCCAAUCCGUACUGCGUCCGGUAUCGCUGUCGUCGCUGUGAUGUGCAAGCCGCACAGAUGUCCACACAUAAACUUCACCGGGAACAUUUGCGUGUACUGUCCUGGCGGCCCGGACUCUGACUUCGAGUACUCUACUCAGAGUUAUACAGGCUACGAGCCGACCUCCAUGCGAGCGAUCAGGGCGCGGUACAACCCGUACUUGCAGACGCGUCACAGAGUUGAACAGCUGAAGCAGCUUGGUCAUAGUGUUGAUAAAGUCGAGUUUAUUGUUAUGGGCGGCACUUUUAUGAGUCUCCCGGAAGAUUAUAGAGACUAUUUCAUAAGGAAUCUCCAUGAUGCCCUCUCAGGUCAUACUUCAAGUAGUGUUGCUGAAGCUGUAAAGUUCUCAGAGAAGGCCAAGACCAAAUGUAUUGGUAUCACAAUUGAGACGAGGCCCGAUUACUGCCUGCAGAGGCACAUGAGUGACAUGCUUAACUAUGGAUGCACUCGACUUGAAAUAGGUGUACAGUCAGUGUAUGAGGAUAUUGCCCGGGACACUAACAGAGGACACACAGUUAAAGCUGUUUGUGAGAACUUCAAUUUGGCUAAGGAUGCUGGAUAUAAGAUUGUCGCCCACAUGAUGCCUGAUCUACCAAAUGUAGAUUUUGAACGGGACGUGGAACAGUUCAUUGAAUUCUUUGAGAACCCCGCAUUCAGAGCCGAUGGUCUUAAGAUAUAUCCUACAUUGGUGAUCAGAGGUACCGGUCUGUACGAGUUGUGGAAAACGGGAAGGUACAGAAGUUAUCCUCCGUCAACCUUGGUGGACUUGAUUGCUAAGGUCUUGGCAUUAAUACCUCCUUGGACUAGAGUUUACAGAGUGCAAAGAGACAUUCCAAUGCCACUAGUCUCAUCAGGAGUAGAGCAUGGCAACUUGAGGGAGCUGGCUCUCGCUAGGAUGGCAGACUUGGGUACAGACUGCAGGGAUGUGAGGACAAGAGAGGUUGGAAUCCAGGAGAUACAUAACAGGGUUAGGCCUUAUGAGGUAGAACUAAUUCGCCGUGACUACACAGCCAACGGUGGUUGGGAAACCUUCCUAGCGUACGAGGAUCCAGACCAGGACAUAUUGGUUGGUCUGUUGAGACUCAGGAAGUGCGCCUCGGAUACCUACAGGCCGGAGCUGAAGCCAGGACCCAAUGAUAACUUCAAACAGUGCAGCAUUGUGAGGGAGCUGCAUGUUUAUGGAUCUGUUGUGCCUGUAAACGCCCGAGACCCAACAAAGUUCCAGCAUCAAGGUUUCGGUAUGUUGCUAAUGGAGGAGGCCGAGAGAAUCGCUAAAGAGGAACAUGGGUCAGACAAAAUGGCCGUCAUAUCAGGAGUCGGCACUCGCAACUACUACGCGAAGAUCGGUUAUCAUCUAGAAGGGCCGUACAUGGUCAAAAUGCUUGUAUAAUCAUUAAUAAAGCCUUAUUGUGCUUGGUGUUUUAAUUCUUCGUUGGUUGUAUACUGCAAUAAAUAUUCUAUAGAUGUUCAAUAGAGACAAUUUUCCGAUAAAUGUUUCUAUUUUAUUUUUCUAUAUGUAAUCGUGAGUCCUGAGAGUUUACUACCACUAAUCAUUUUCUUGUCCCGUGAGUCAUAUGUGAAUAUAUCUAUUGUGUCUAUUGGCGGGACAGUGAAGUGGUUUAAAGUAAUAUUAAGGUGUGUAUGAUACACGACACAGAACGCUAUCUUUCUUCAACAUCUUCAAUAAUAUUACUUUAGACGGUCUCUCAUUUUGUUUCUACCUUAAAUCUAAUGCUGUUUGAUAUUUUAAGGUAGGUAGUAACAUUAAAGACAUUUCAGUACCUACUUCUUAAAGCUAAAUUGCCUCUAUGUAUUUAGUAAUUGACAUAAUAAAAUUUAUAGGAAUUUUUGGGAUGUACCUUUUAAUCUUUAUCGGGACGUAUAACGUCAUAAGCUUAAAGACUAUUCAAUGUAUGCAAUAAAAUGACAGAAAGUAA